UGCCUUAUUUUUCAAUUUCUGAGGAAAAUGAGUGGAAAUUCUUUGAAUUUCGAAGAACCCAUCAAAGAUGCAAUUACCCGAGUGCGAUUUUCCCCAGAAUCCAACAAUCUUCUCAUCGCAUCAUGGGAUUCUAGUAUGAGAUUGGUGGAUGUUGAUAGCAAUAAACUCAGAUUAGUAGCUCAAAGUGAAGCUGCAGUUCUUGAUUGCUGUUUUCAAAAUGAGUCCGUUGCUUUUUCUGCUGCUUCAGAUGGUUCUAUUUUCAGGUAUGACUUACAAUCUGGAGCUUCUGAAAUUAUGGGAAAGCAUGAAGAUUCAGCCACCUGCAUUGAAUAUUCUCCGGAAACAAGCAAAGUGGUAACAGCUGGUUGGGAUGGAAAAGUGUUAUGUUGGGACUCACGCUCAACUAAGGUUUCACGUGCUUUGGUUGGCUUCAAUUCACAAGUGGAUUCCAUUUCACUCUGCGGCAUCGAAUUGUUGGUGGCUAUUGGAUCCUCAGUACGUAAAUAUGACAUGCGGAAAUUGAAUGAAGCAAUCCAAGCAGAGGAUUUAUCAAUGGACGUUUGGAUAAGAUGUGUACGCUCCAUGGUGUGCAAGAAAGGCUUUGCUGUUGGGUCGGUAGAUGGUCACGUAACAUUACAAUCAAAUUCAGAUGACAUGGGGUAUACGUUUCGCUGUGGUCCAAAAUCAAAGAAAGUAAAACAUCAUCUUGUCACCGUGAAUGAUAUUGCCUUCAACCAAUUUCUCCCAGGUGUGUUUGUCACCGGUGAUUAUGAGGGUCAUGUCAUUGCAUGGGAUGGUUCAAGCAGGAAGAGAUUAUUGGAGCUUCCAAGAUAUCCAAAUAGCAUCGCUUCAUUAUCAUAUAACCAUACAGGCGAGCUUUUGGCAGUUGCUUCAAGCUAUACAUACCAAGAAGCUAAUGAAUUAGAAGACCAUCCUCAAAUAUUCAUACAAGAACUAGGUGAAAGUAUUUUGAAAUCUGCAGCACCUGGGAGUUCCUGUCGGAGAUACUGCAACGACGAAGCUGUAACAUACACAGUCGGACUCGUGACUGUUUUUGUAUUGAAGUACAGGAAUAUUGGUUUUCUCAAUUUUCUCUCUCUCCUCGAUUCGAAGCUCGUCGAAGAAGAAGAAGCAGUAACCAUGUCUGACGAAGAGCAUCAGUUCGAAUCAAAGGCUGAUUCUGGAGCCUCUAAGACCUUCCCACAGCAAGCUGGUACUAUUCGCAAGAACGGUUACAUCGUCAUCAAGAAUCGCCCUUGCAAGGUUGUUGAAGUUUCCACUUCUAAGACUGGCAAGCACGGCCAUGCUAAGUGUAACUUUGUUGGUAUUGACAUCUUCACUGGAAAGAAGCUCGAAGAUAUUGUUCCUUCGUCCCAUAACUGUGAUGUUCCCCAUGUCAAUCGUACUGAUUACCAGCUCAUUGACAUAGCUGAGGAUGAUUUUGUUAGCUUGCUGACUGAGACUGGAGACACCAAGGAUGACCUGAAGCUGCCAUCUGAUGAAGCUCUGCUAAAACAGGUUACCUUAUUAUUGGCUACAAUGCCGGUCACACUCAAGGAGGGAUUUGCGGAUGGGAAAGAUCUGAUUGUGAGCGUGCAGAGUGCUAUGGGAGAAGAACAAAUUUGUGGUGUCAAGGAUAUUGGUGGUGGAUCCAAAAGAAAAGUAGCCAUGUCUGACGAAGAACACCAGUUCGAAUCCAAGGCUGAUGCCGGAGCUUCUAAAACUUUCCCUCAGCAAGCUGGUACUAUUCGCAAGAAUGGUUACAUUGUCAUCAAAAAUCGCCCUUGCAAGGUUGUUGAAGUUUCCACUUCUAAGACUGGCAAGCACGGCCAUGCUAAGUGUAACUUUGUCGGUAUUGACAUCUUCACCGGGAAGAAACUUGAAGAUAUCGUUCCUUCCUCCCACAAUUCUGAUGUUCCCCAUGUCAAUCGUACUGAUUAUCAGCUCAUUGACAUAUCUGAGGAUGGUUUUGUUAGCUUGCUGACUGAUAGUGGCGACACUAAGGAUGACUUGAAGCUGCCAACUGAUGAGGCUCUGCUAAAGCAGCUGAAGGAUGGAUUUGCCGAGGGAAAAGACCUGAUUGUGAGCGUGAUGAACGCCAUGGGAGAAGAACAAAUUUGUGGCCUCAAGGACAUUGGACCCAAGUAACUUCAGCUCGACUCAAGCUGCCUGAGGCACCAGAGCAUGAAUUAUAUGUCAUAUUUAGCUUUACUGGGAUAUUUUAUGUGGUUGAGUUCAUGCCGGAAACGUCUUGUGUCAUGGGGCCACAUGUUAAUCCCUAUUUGCAAGGUUAACUCUUUAUGUUGACAAUUUAUCAUCAAAUUUCGGGUGUCUCUCUUUUAAUCAUGUAUUGGUGCUUUUGGUAUUUGCUCUUUAUAACUCAUGUUUUCAUGGUUUGUUUUUGGAUCAAAGUGGAAAAUCCCCAUUCUUUUA